AUGAGCAAGCUAUGCAGGCAAGUUUCCAUAGAGUCACCUGGACAAGCUCUGAGGGAGUGUGUCUUUAGUUUCGAUGUUCCAGUGCCCGAUGUACCCAUGUAUGGAGCCAGAAUAAGAGUAGUAUAUGCUGGAGCUUGUUAUAGAGCUCAUCGCACACGUUCUGCGUCAGUGUGUAGUACAUCAUCUGUGUCGUCAAUUGGAAGUCUCUCUGGAGAAUUUGAGGGGUUCGGUUUCCAUUCAACAACUCCAUCGCAUAUUGGCUUCCGUGAUGGUGCUCUGUUCCCGGGAUAUGAGGUAGCUGGAAUUGUUGAUGCUAUUGGAAAAGCAGCUGAGACUGAUGGCAUUUGUGAAGGGGCUAGGAUCGUCCUAUAUCCUUACGAGGGUGUACCACAUGGGUAUGCAGACUUUAUUGUUGUUCCAGAUUUUAAAUGCCUUGUGCCAGUUCCAGAUAGCUUGCCUUUGAGCGUAGCUGCAAUGCUACCAACAGGCGCCUUAUUGGCCACUAAUACUGUAUAUACGGCAAUUGAUAGCCUGAACAAAAUCAUUGAAGGUCCUAAUAGGAAGGAUAAAGUGACAGUAUUGAUUGUUGGAACAGGUGGCUUAGCUCUUUGGGCUCUCCGUAUUGCAUCCCAUUUGUUUAAACAAAGCCCACACCAUUCGAAAAUUAAUAUAUCUGUUGCAACAAUUAAAGAUGAAGGCUUUGUCCUAGCCAAAGAAAGUGAAGAGGUAAAAGUCGUACAAUGGUCUGAAGAUUUAUAUGAACGCCAAUUGAUCGAGCGCACAACAGAUGCCUGUGGAGGGCCAGUUGAUAUUGUACUCAACUUUGGUACCACAUCACGAUCAUUGCACCGUUCACUUCAAUGUCUUGCUCCUGGUGGCCUGGUUCUUGUGACUGAGGAUGUUGGUGAGAAAUUGCUACCGAAAUUUGCGAAGAAGGCAGAGGAUAUGAAUGUUAGCAUUGUUGUGGUGCCAAAUGGCACAAUUGAACAGUUAAGAGAACUAGUUCAGCUAGUUGCUAACGGCGAGAUUGAACCCCCACCACAUUCAGUCUUUCCAGCGGAUGAGGCACCGGAAGUAGUGAGAAAGCUUUGUAAUUCUGAGAUACAAGGUCGAGCGAUUUUGAAAUUCCACGAUGUUGACUAA